AUGCCAUACAAAAAGGUGGCCCAGCCGAUGGCCUUGCCAAAGUUGCCAAGGUUGAAAUUCAAGAAGACUUCUCGGGCUCAGGCAAACAACCCGUGCUUUUUAUUGAUGUCGUCUCUUUUGAACUGCUGGGCAGCCAACGGAGAGGGAGCAGCACAGUGCUCAGCUUUUGCACAAGACUUGAAGACAUGUAUGGAGACACACAAACCCGUGACGCCACCACCAAACCCAAUGAAUUAUCAUGCCCAGAGAUUGUACUCCAAGUUCAAGAAGGUGAACGAUUAG